CCCCCACCCCCCCGAAAAAGCCUGGCAGGGUGCGGGGCUGAUAGGCUCGCCCGGAGGAGAGCGCAUUACGUAGCAAGCGGCUCCGCUCUCAACUUGCCACCCGCGCCGGGAGAAGCCGCUGGGAAGCGAAGCCCCUCGCCGGAGCCCCUCGCCCACCGCCCACUCGGCCUCCACCAUGGACUGCUGCAAUGAGGGCGCCUGUACGAAGCUGGACGAGGACAUCCUGGACAUCCCCUUGGAUGAUCCCGAUGCCAAUGCGGCAGCCGCCAAGAUCCAGGCGAGUUUCCGUGGCCAUAUGACCCGCAAGAAGAUCAAAGGGGGGGAGAUGGAGCGGAAAACCAAGGAGGCUGAGUGCGCCAACAGCCCCCGCGGCGACCUCCGCAACGGCGACUAGGCUGCUGGUGCUCCUGGACCCUCUGCCGUCCCCCCCAACCCCCGCUUGGCCCCUGCAUGCGCCCCCGGCCCCCCUGGGCCCUGCCCCCGCCUGCCCCCAGUGACCCCCCCCCCCAGACCUGGCCUGACCUUGGCGCCUUCCAUGUCACCCAGCUGAGCAGUGAGGUCACAGUGGUGUGGGGCUGGGAUGGCUGCGGUGGGUGAUGUCAUCCCUGCAUGUGACGCCACUGGCAGGCAUGUGACAGCCAGUGUGACAUUGUGCAGACAUGUGUGACAUCACUGCGGGGCUUGUGAUGGCUGGUGUGACAUCACGCAGGCGGGUG